UUUCCGCUGAAUCCAUUUCUGCAUUUUAAAAGUUCAUGCUGUACUGAAGGAACAGGAGAGUAACCACCAAGGAAUCAAACCAUGUUUAGUGUCUUCUGGACAACAUUGCUUUUCUUUUUGUGGGGUUCCACCACAUACAGAGUUGAAUCAGCCCUUGGAGAACCAGACUGUAACAAUGGAUACUGCAUUUCUCUCAAUGAGGGAGUAAUUACAGCCGAAGCCGGAUUGUGUGUUGUGAUACCAUGUUCCUUCACCACUGUUGAUGGGUUUACACCAAAAAGUAUUGUCUGGUUUAAAUGUGAAUCAUGGAAAAGGAGAUGUGGUGACUCUGACAUAGUAUUUCACAUAAAUCGUGACAAGGUUCCUUCAGAAUUUCUAGGACGGAUUUUACUGUUGGAUCCUGAUGUGAGUCAGAGGAACUGCAGCAUCAUGAUCAAUGACCUCACCACAUCUGAUUCUGGAUCAUAUCAGCUCAGAGUUAAUGGUCUUUACCAUGGAUCGUCAGAUGGAGUUACGUUCCUUUCAAAAACAAGUCUCUCUGUUAAAGAUCUUAGCCAAAGGCCCUCACUGAAGAUUCCUCCACUGACUGAGGGACAGCAGGCCACUCUGACCUGCACUGCUCCUGGUCUCUGCUCUGGGUCUCCUCCUAACAUCACCUGGAUGUGGAGAGGAAAAGGAGAAAUGGAAGCUAAUGUUACAGGAAACAUGACUGCUUCUUUUAAAACUGAGAAUCUGACUGCUGUGUCACAUAUGCACAGUUCGAUUUUGACCUUUAACUCUUCAGCUAAGCUCCACAACACCAAUGUAACCUGUAAGGUCAGCUUCAUAAGUGGCAUAACCACAGAGGAGACUGUGACCCUGAAAGUAAACUAUAAAAGACAACCUCAAAUCAAUGGAAAGACUACUGUGAAGGAAGGAGAUGAUCUGAAUCUGAUCUGCAACGUUGAAAGUUUUCCUCAAUCAGUUGUUGUGUGGACUAGACAUUCAGGAAGUGGGAUUUACUCCCAAAAUAACACCGGAUCGGCAACACUUGUCAUCUCGAAUGUGACAACUGAGGACUCUGGGCAAUAUGUCUGCACAGCGAAUCACCUGAAUGAAACAGUGUCUGUAUAUGCUGAUGUAAAAGUGUCUUGGUUUUCAAAGAUACUGAAAAGUUCUGGAUGUGUGCAUCAGUCAGCGCUCCUGACCUGUGUGUGCAUCUCUGAGGGGUUUCCUCUACCCACUAUAACAUGGCCUCUGCUUAAGGUCCACAAAGAGUACUCUGUCAUUAAGACCGUGUCAAACCACAGAGUUAACAGCACUGUCACCAUAUCCCUUAAAAAUCUCCAUUAUGUCAGUUUUGAAUGUGACAGCAGCCAUGAAAAUGAAGACGCAAAAGAAAACCUCACAAUCCAAGAAUACUUCACAGAAAAAGAAGCCAUUCAGUCCAAAACUAUUUUAGAAAAGGUUUUCAGCCUGCAAGUCAUUGUUGCCUUUCUGAUUGGGGUUCUACUUUCAGCUAUCAUUUGUUAUUUGGCUGCAAAAUGUAACAGGAAGACAUUGAAGAAGUCUGAGAAUGAGGAUGGAACUCUGAAGAUGAUCUCUCAAGAUGAUCCACGGAUCGACGAUGGUCAGGAUGUUCAAAGUGACAUAACCCCUGCGCAAGAGGAAGCUGUGAACAUACCUAUUGCAGGAGAGAAGUCGGCUUCAGAAACGAGCGAAGAUUCAAAAGAUGUGCAAUAUGCCAGCAUUGAUUUCUCAAUCAUGAAGAGAAGGAGUACAAAAGAGGCAGCAAAGAAACAAGCGAGCACUUUGACUGAAUAUGCAGAGAUUAAAACUAGACUGAAAGAGCAAAGGAAAGAUGAUAGUAAAAAGGAAUGUGAGACGCUGGAGUGUGAAGAUGAGGAUUUGACAACAAAACAUGCUGAGCAGAUGAAACAUUGUGUCACAGAGGAGCAGAAUGAAGUGGAAGCAGUUUACUCCACCGUCAAAGAUGCUUUAGUUGAGAUCUAAGAACUGCGCUAUACUGUGCACACUCUGGCAAUGGCAUUACAGCAUUUUAUACUGAGUCAUUGACGGUGGAGCAACCUGUCUGAAGAAAAAAACUUUGUGUAGAUUCUCUAUGCAUUAUGCAUCCAUCCAUCCAUUGCAUACAUCCACUUGUCCUUGAUCAUCUACUCAUCUUAAAGUUUAUAGAAAAAGGAGGAGAAACUUUAGAUUUAGUGAUGUUUGCAGCAAAUAUCCUGGAUGUGCCAGGAGUUUUGCUGAUUCCAAUUUGACAGUAGGGUUCAAUAAACAUGUACAGAUUUUACUUUCACACGAGCUCAUGCAUUAUAUCAUACUUGUACAUUAGUAAUACAGAUAAGCUAAAAAUGAAAACGUAUUCAUACUGUAAAUAUAAAGCUAGCUAGAAAGGGCUCAUCAGACAAUAAUUUUUGAAAAAGAUCUAGUUGAUUUGUUUAUGUCUCAUUUGUUUGUAUGUUUUAUUCCAAAUAUGUCUGUAUUUUUAGUUUAUGAUAGAAAGUUAAUGUAGAAGAGCUUAACUAAAAACAUUGAUCAGUGAACAGAAUAAAACUUGUUUGAAGCAUUUUGAGAAGACUUCUAAAGAGAGCCUUGACACAGAAUGUAUAGUCAGAAAAGAUAAACAACAAAGAAUGCCCAGACUCUCCAUAUUGACUGAGCAGAAAGAAGAAUGUUGAAGAAAUUAACCUUGCAUUAAGAAAUCCAGUUAGCACCAUCAGAUAGCACUCUCUAAUCCCACAGAACAGUGGAUUAAUAUGUGUACAACACAUGACAAAUCAUCUAUGUCCAAUGUGCUUACAACACUGGACAUAAGACUGUUGAGGCUAUGAAUGAUUCAUUUUGAUUAAUUAUUGGUUUCUUUAGUUUGGUUUCUUUUUUGUAAUGUUGUAUAUUUAUCAAAAUAAAAUUUAUCUGAAUGAAUAAA